CUGCGCUCUCGGCCAGCGGAGCUGCUGGGGGCUGAGUGCUGAGUGCCCGGAGCGCGGCCCGGCAGCCGCUGCAGCACGGCCGCGAUGCUUUUCUUCCUGUACGGCUUCCUGCUGCUGCCCCUGCUGCUCCUCUUCUACGUGGAGUCGCUCCUGAAGCUUUUCGUGCCCAAGAAGAAGAAGUCGGUGGUCGGGGAGAUCACCUUGAUUACUGGCGCGGGACACGGGAUCGGGAGACUGACCGCCUAUGAAUUUGCCAAACUUGGAAGCAAGCUGGUUCUGUGGGACAUAAACAAGGCUGGGGUGGAGGAGACGGCCGCCGAGUGCCGGAGGCUGGGCGCCAGCACCCACAGCUUCGUGGUGGACUGCAGCAAGCGAGAGGACAUCUACAGCUCCGCCAAGAGGGUGAAAGCAGAAAUCGGAGAUGUCAGUAUCUUAGUGAAUAACGCUGGUGUGGUCUGCACCGCAGAUUUAUUUGCUACACAAGACCCUCAGAUUGAAAAGACUUUUGAGGUCAAUGUCCUUGCACAUUUCUGGACUACCAAGGCCUUUCUUCCAGAGAUGAUGAACAGCAACCACGGCCAUAUCGUCACAGUGGCCUCGGCGGCUGGGCACUACGGGGUCCCCUUCUUAAUGGCCUAUUGUUCUAGCAAAUUUGCUGCUGUCGGAUUUCAUAAGUCUCUCACGGAAGAACUGGAAGCCUUGGGGAGAACCGGAGUCAAAACCUCGUGCCUCUGCCCGAAUUUCAUCAACACCGGCUUCAUCAAAAACCCGUCUACCAGUCUCGGCCCCACGCUGGAACCCGAGCAAGUGGUCAGGAAGCUCAUGCAUGGGAUCCUGACGGAGCAGAAAAUGAUUUUCGUUCCCUCUUCUCUGAGCGUGUUAACAGCGAUAGAAAAGCUUCUUCCUGAGCGAUUCCUGUCAACUCUGAAAAGAAAGCUCAAUGUUCGGUUUGAUGCAGUGAUCGGCUAUAAGCCAAAAGAACAAUAAGUGUUUGUCUUUGUUAAAACACUAAUCUACCAGAUGUAAAAUUAUUUCAUUCAAAUCAAAAGCAAUCUUUGGUUUUUCAGAUUUGCUUUUCUUAAUUUUUAUCACUUUUCUUCAGUCUCCUCUUUGGGGGAUGUGGGCAGUCAUCAUUUAUUACUAUUUGUUCAUCAGCUGAAAACUAAUAAAGAGAGAGCAAUGUUAGGAAGCACCUUUACAGAAACAGAGAAAAAAAAGGACAAAACGGUUUUGUAAUAAUUUCUAUGCGUUUGUGGCUCACCUGAGGGCUUUACAAAUUUUGUACGUAGCUUCAGAGAUAUUUUUAUUUUCAAUGACACUUAAACUUUUUUUAUAAUCUACCUUUCCUUUUCUAGUCCAUAUAGAAUGUAAACUUCGUCAUGUCUAGGGAGAGUAAAGGGCUCUGCUGGUGGCGUCUCACAGUAAAUACCUGUGCCCUGAGAAACGGCCCUGGGUUCCCCGUCCUCUGCACGACCGUCUGCUUCUGGGGUCCCCUCCCGUCACACAGUUACCAGAGAUGGGAACACGAUGCAAAGAUCAGAGCAUCGCCUGAGCUGAAAGCAGCCUUGGGAGACGGGCCAGAGGUGACGAGAAUAAUAAAUGGACCAAAGCUAAA